AUGCUGCGACAACCAAAGCUUCGUCCCAAAUCCCACAUUCCGGGUUUCCCAGAUGCCAUGUAUGACCUGGCAGCAGUAUCGUCCUUGUCCCAGUUCGAAUCUCGCGCAGGGAUCGGAGACGAGAAGCAGGAGCAGCGGGUCUUUCGCGUCAAGCGCAAACAUGUUUUGAAAGCGUGUGAUCGUUGCAGGGUCAAGAAAACCAAGUGUGAUGGGAAGCAACCAUGCAACCGCUGUUCGGCCUAUAAUCACCCUUGCCUGUUCCGAGAGAGGAAAGCAACGCAGACGAAAGUAUACUCCCGGGGAUUCGUUGAGAUGUUGGAGUCGCAUCAUUCACUGGUCGUGAAAGCACUGCAAAAGCUGUACAAGCUUUGCUUAAACAAGGAAGGAUUUCCAGGAGAGCCCCUCGUGGAAGCCCCUGACGGCCAUCCUCUUACGCAUGCGAUCCUGGACCGUUUAGGACUGAUCAAGCAGGCCGAGGAGAAUCCAGAGGAACCGGAUGAGGACACUGAAGAACUUCAGUAUCUGCGAUUUUUGUCCACCUCCACUGACUGCAGCGCUACGACAGACCCGUCCCCAGAGCCUACAACUCCACCCGAGCCUUCGUCCAGCAACUACAGCCCCACUAAGCUUUCCCCUAAGGUUGGUGAUGCCUGGAAGUGGGACUUUCAGCACGUUCACCCGGUCAACCACCCAGGGCAGUAUUCAAGCUACCCUUCUUUCCACGGCAUGCCCAUGCCACGGCCAACGGUGAUGCCAAUCGGCCCUAGGGCCGAGCCCAAAUGCGCAGACGCCAUACAUCCAGGACUAGACUCUGAGCAUCCAUAUUUCUACUAUACGGGCAGCAACUGCCAUGGAGAGUCAAAGGGCCGCCUCCAUUCGGAUGUGGCUACCGAACCGGGACGCCAACAGAUAGCAGCAGCCGCCAACAUGCCCGUUGGUAUCCUUGGAGACUAUAACCUACAUGUACAGGAACAGCAUCAGACCCUCUAUUCUAGUCUGGAGCCGAACUGGCAUUUCCCUUGUGGAUAG